AUGAUGGAUGUAAAAGAUCGAAGUACUUUUAUCGAGCAACAGUCAUACAUUUUUAUCAAUAAAAUCCGGCAUGUUUUGCUUACUCCGGCGCCUCUGAGAUUCCGUGAUAGUGAUGCUGCUGAAAUAUCCUAUAUGCAGGACGAGAUUACGAAAGGCCGUUUUAGGUCAGAUGGCGAGCUGGAGAAUGAAGAAUCACUGGCAAUGAAUGUAUUGAAAAUGUUGCACGUUGGCGAACCUCUUGCGCAGAUUGUCGGGAAAAUCGAGAAGAUGAGGAUCGCAUUUCCGGAUCAUGUCCUUGAAGUAAUUCGUAGUGGCAAAUAUGUUUUCAUUGCUAAAAGAGCAAUAAAUAACUGA